CUAUUUACGAAUGAUUGAUCAUCACCCAUUAUGCUUAAAUGUGAGGAGAUUUAAACAUAAAAAAAUAUUUUUCUAGACGACCAAUAAUUUACAAUAAUUUUGUAAUCAUUAUAAUUUAAUUUAACGCAAUUACACAAUAUCACCACAAUAAAUAAAGCAACAGUUUAACGCGGCCAUGUGCAUGGUUAUCUAUCGACUCCGUACACCAAUAGCGGAGACAGUGAUAAGCAAAUAGUUUAUUUGUAUAUAGGUAGGCACGUUGAUAAGACCUCGAGGUUCGACAUUUGAUAAUACGGUAUGUACUCGUCUUUGCAGUAAAAGUAAGUUGAGUUUGCAAGUUAACUUCGUCAAGAUCAUUAUUAAAAAAUUCAACCUAUACGUACGAUCGAGUGAUGAUCGAGAUAUUCAUGCUGGUACAUUUGGGGUACUACUCCUGCGCGAUUCCACAAAUGUCGAGGCGCUUGCUCUUGCUUGCCGCGGUACGGCUCGGAGCAGGAAACGGAACGAGCGGGGUGAUUUAUAUUUAGUAAGUGGACCGAUAGUAACCUAGGCCGGUCAAUGUCAUUGGAUGAUUUUCUACCCUCAAAAAGUUGAAGAAGUCAAGAGAAGUAACAAUAGUCAAUUAUAAUGGAUUAAUGGAGAGUAAUAUUCCAAUAGACAUUAAUAUUGGUAAACUACAAGAUUGGUUGAUUAGCCGUCGCCAUGUGAGCAAAGAAUGGCAGAAAGGUGUCCCGGCUGUAAGGGAAAAGAUCAACAAUGCACUUCAGGAUAUGCCUAAACAUGAUGACAUAGCUAGCCUGCUGGCUGGCAGCUACAUCAACUAUUUCCAUUGCUUAAAAAUCAUUGAAAUCUUAAAAGAAACCGAGGCAGACAGUAAAAAUCUCUUUGGAAGGUAUGGGUCACAAAGGAUGAAGGACUGGCAGGACAUAGCCCGUAAUUACGAGAGAGACAACCUUUACUUAGCAGAGGCAGCUCAGAUCUUAGUGAGGAAUAUUAAUUAUGAGAUACCGGGACUCAAAAAACAGAUUGCUAAAGAAGAACAGUUGCAAGUUGAAUGUGGGAAGAAGCACACAGAUUUUCUAAAAAAUGAAGCUUCCAGUAAGACUGAGUUCUUGACAUUGUGCAAACAACUUGGCAUUCAAGGAGAAAGGAUAAAGAAGGAGCUGGUGGACAGACUGCAGGAGUUGCCAGAUAUUUAUGAUAAGAUAGGAACAUCAUUGAAGCCAUUGCAACCAGGCAUCGAUUUAUACGCAGCAUUUGCAAAAUACAUACUUGGUGACAAAGCGACGGAGGUGUUGCCAUUAUUGCAAUUUGUGGUAGAGCAUGGCAACACUACAGUGUACGAGUGGAGUUAUGGAGAAGCCCCGCUAAGCGUCGAACCUGACCCUAUUCACAUUGAAAUUGAUGAUGAAGACCAGGGCGCUGGAGAUCAGAUAGACUUCGGUGAUGGUGGUGGGAUCGACUUCGGUUCACUCGACGCGCCUGCAGAAAUAGACUUUGGCGAUGGUGAUGCCGGCGCUGAGAUAGACUGGGGAAACAUUGAUGCCGCCGUUCCGGAGAAUAUUGACAUAUCAGCAGACUUAGCCCACGUGUCCCUUGAGGAGUCAGGCAUAGUGGUGGAGGAGCAGGGAGUGUGUGGCGGCGUGGCGCGAGGGAAGGAUGCCCUCACUCUGCUCGACAACCCUGCUACUAGGAACCAGAUCAUUGACCAGCUCGUUGAGCUGGAAUCAUUCCUGAAGAUGCGUCUAUACGAGACAAACACAUCGGGUGACAAUCAUUCUUUUAGCUUGCUGGAACAGCUUCCCACGGAGAGCACGGCGGCCCUGACCGCCAUGUUGGAUGCUGUGCAGGUCGCUGCAAGCAAGCUUACCGCGCCCGAGAUCAACCAUCUGCAUAAUGUUAAGCAUUCUCCCAGAUAUGUAGACGUGUUGACGGCCCAGCUGAAGCAGAAGCUAGCGUUAUGUGAUAAGUUGUCCCGGCUGGCGGCGCGCGCGGCUGAACAGAGCGCUGCGGCCGGAACCCGCGCCGCCGAGCUCCGCCCCGUGCUCACGCGCAUCAUUGCCAGGACCAAGGAGCUACAGGCACAGAUCGAAAGCGAGAUUUCGAAGAAAUACAAAGGUCGGCCGGUGAAUAUUAUUGGAGGUGUCAAGUUCUUAUAGAUUCUCUUUAAUUGUACAUAUUGUUGUUUCUGUUUAUUAUUCUAUAAAUAAAUUAUAUAUAUGAUUACAGUACAUUUUUAUACAAAUUUUGCCUUUUUAUUUCAG